UUGUUACCAUGAAGCAGUCUAUCACCUUGAUCCUGCCCCUUCUCCUGCCCCUCAUCAGUGCACAGAUACCUCACUGGGGGCCAUGUCCAGAACCUCCUGUGCAAACUGCCUUCAGUAUGAAAAAGUUCUUGGGCAGGUGGUAUGAGGUUGCAAAACUACCGGCUCAGUUUGAGAAAGGGAGGUGCAUUGAGUCCAACUUCACCAUGAAAGCGGAUGGGAGUGUCCGUGUGGUCGCCUCAGAGAUACUAAAAGGUGAACUGAGAACCAUUGAGGGGAAUGCUGUGGUUCAGGACAUGAGGGAACCUGCCAAGCUUGGCAUCAGCUUCUCCUUUGUGCUGCCCUACACGCCAUACUGGAUCCUGUCCACUGACUACGACAACACAGCGCUGGUCUACUCCUGCACUGACGUCCUGAGGCUGUUCCACGUGGACUUCGCCUGGAUCCUGGGCAGAACCAGAAGCCUCCCCAUCGCCACCAUCACUAAAGCCAAGGACGUCUUCAACAACAACAACAUCGACGUCAGCCGGAUGAUCAUGAGCAAGCAGGCGGGCUGUCAGAAGGAUUACUGAGACACUGGCAGGAGAGCAAGAGAGAAAGGAAGAGAGGAAGAGUGGGGAAGAGAGAGAGAGAGAGGGGAAAGAGCGAGAAAGAAAGAAGGCCACACUCGCUACUAAGGAGGUCUGCUGGACUGGCUGCAGUCUGAGGGGCAUCGCUGAUUGAACACAGAUUGUUUUCAAUUAUCACUUAACUGUCACUUUCCUUUUUCAUCUGUUUUGUUAAAUUUUUUUACAUGCAGAGAAUUAUAAUUUUCUGGUGAAAGGAGUCAUUUGCCAAGUACCUAUGUAAUAUAUAUCACUAUUUUGUUUUAUUUUUUGUAACAUUUUUACAGCACAAGUAAUUUUAUCACUAAAAUGGAUUCUGAAAUUUGAUUUCAAAAGUUAAUGUAACCAAUUGAAAGCAUGAGAUCCUCCUUGGAGAGAAAAAUAAAGUAGUGUCUUAACAAGAGUCAUGUGAAUUGCACUCAUCUGAAGGUCUUUCUAGAACAGAUUACAUAACAUGUCUUCAGUUAGAAGUCUACUGACAUCAUUUUACAACUAACAGGACACCCACAAGUUAAGUGGGUUAAUUUGGUAGUCAGAGUUAUGCAGAAU